CGCGAGAGCCGCGCGGCGCCAGCCGACGGGGUGGACAAGAUGGCGGCCACGACGACCAUCUCGCUGGGCACGGAGUCCAUUAAGAUGGAAAAUGGACAAAGCACAGCAGCUAAGCUGGGGCUUCCUCCCCUCACACCUGAACAGCAGGAAGCUCUCCAGAAAGCAAAGAAGUAUGCAAUGGAGCAGAGCAUCAAGAGUGUGCUGGUGAAGCAAACCAUCGCCCACCAGCAGCAGCAGCUCACCAACCUGCAGAUGGCAGCAGUGACAAUGGGCUUUGGAGAUCCUCUCUCACCUUUACAAUCGAUGGCAGCGCAGAGGCAGCGCGCCCUGGCCAUCAUGUGCCGCGUGUACGUGGGCUCCAUUUACUAUGAGCUGGGAGAAGACACCAUUCGCCAGGCCUUUGCCCCCUUCGGACCUAUAAAAAGCAUUGAUAUGUCCUGGGACUCUGUUACGAUGAAGCACAAGGGUUUUGCUUUUGUGGAAUACGAGGUGCCUGAAGCUGCUCAGCUGGCCUUGGAGCAGAUGAACUCCGUCAUGUUGGGGGGCAGGAAUAUAAAGGUUGGAAGACCAAGCAACAUAGGCCAGGCUCAGCCCAUCAUAGACCAGCUGGCRGAGGAGGCGCGGGCCUUUAACCGCAUCUACGUGGCGUCUGUGCACCAGGACCUCUCCGAUGAUGACAUCAAGAGCGUGUUCGAGGCCUUCGGGAAGAUCAAGUCCUGCACGCUCGCGCGGGAUCCUACGACAGGGAAACACAAAGGCUAUGGCUUCAUUGAGUACGAGAAAGCGCAGUCUUCCCAGGACGCCGUCUCUUCCAUGAACCUCUUCGACCUCGGCGGGCAGUACCUGCGGGUCGGCAAGGCCGUCACCCCCCCGAUGCCGCUGCUGACGCCGGCCACCCCGGGCGGGCUGCCCCCGGCUGCAGCUGUGGCUGCCGCGGCAGCCACGGCGAAAAUCACAGCCCAGGAAGCAGUGGCCGGAGCUGCAGUUCUGGGCACRCUGGCGACUCCCGGCCUCGUCUCCCCGGCCCUGACGCUGGCGCAGCCGCUCGGGGCGUUGCCGCAGGCCGUGAUGGCAGCACAGGCACCAGGAGUCAUCACAGGUGUAACCCCCGCUCGACCUCCCAUUCCAGUCACCAUCCCCCAGGUGGGAGUCGUCAACCCUAUCCUGGCCAGCCCCCCCACGCUGGGCCUGGUGGAGGUCAAGAAGGAGAAGGAGGAGGAGGAGGUUUUCCAGGAGUCGGAGAGACCGGAGAUGCUGAGCGAGCAGGAGCACAUGAGCAUCUCGGGCAGCAGCGCACGCCACAUGGUGAUGCAGAAGCUGCUUCGGAAACAGGAGUCAACUGUCAUGGUGCUGCGCAACAUGGUGGAUCCAAAGGACAUUGACGAUGACUUAGAGGGAGAGGUGACAGAGGAGUGCGGCAAGUUUGGGGCUGUGAACAGGGUCAUCAUCUACCAGGAGAAGCAGGGAGAGGAAGAGGAUGCCGAGAUCAUUGUCAAGAUCUUCGUGGAGUUCUCCAUGGCCUCCGAGACUCACAARGCCAUUCAGGCUCUCAACGGGCGCUGGUUCGCGGGAAGAAAGGUGGUGGCAGAAGUGUACGACCAGGAGAGAUUUGACAACAGCGACCUGUCGGCAUGAACUUUUCUUGAAAGAGACUUCUCCCCGGCCCCCUCUGCCUGUCUGUUUUUUUUAGCCAUGUGUAAAGAGCGCCCCGGGGUGGGCGCGGAUCUCUGUCAUGUUCUUUUAGUUUGGAUAAAAGCGCAA